UUUUUUUCGCGGUCCCCCACGAUGACCCUGCGGACAUUUGUGGAGAUCGGCCGGGUGGUCUACCUGACCCAUGGCAAAUACCGGGGACGGCUCUGCGGCAUCGUUAACAUUGUCGACCAGAACAGGGCUGUUGUUGAUGGUCCUGAGACAGGAGUGCCACGCCAAGCAGUGCCAUUCAAGCACAUGAGGCUCACUCGGCAGAAAAUCCGGGUGCCUAUGGGUACAUCCACAAAGGUUGUGCGCAAGGCCUGGGUGAAGAAUGAUGUUACGCAGAAAUGGAAUGAGUCUGCACUUGCCAAGAAGCUGGCUGCUCGUCGUCUGAAAGCCAACAUGAACGAUUUCGACAGGUUCAAGCUGAGGCGGGCAAAGCAAUCGUUGAACAAGGUUGUGCGGCUCCGGUUCUUGAAAUUGAAGUCACUUUCCAAAAAGGCUGCCAAGAAGGGUCAGCCGGAGAAACCAGAGAAGAAAGCAGCACCCAAGAAGAAGUGAAUGCAGAAAAUAAACUGGCGGAUGUGCUGAA